AAUUGAUAGUGAAAUAUCAUAUUCUACGAAAAACAAAGAAUAACACGGUCAACUACAAUAAUCAUCACUGAAAUGAAGUUCUUUACCACUACCCUCUGUGUCCUCGCCAGCGCUUCUGCUGUUACCAUGGCUGGUUCCUCCGGAACCAGCAGUUUCGAGUUGUGUAAAAAGUGGAUUGAAGAUAAUGAAUGUCCAGCAGGUUUCAAAUACAACGAAUUAGCUAAGCAUGUUCGAAUCAAACCCCAUGGAGUUUCUUGGUCAACAUUUGACCCGAUGGUUUUGUGUUGCACACCCGAUCAGUGCCAUGACAUGAUUCCGUGCGGGUCACCAUGUGAGAAUGGAUAUAAGACUGGCCACGAUGGAUGUGGACUUCCGGAGUGCCGACCCAAAUCAUGCCCUGCAGCUAAGCCCCAGAUGGAAUUUGAGUUGUACUGCCAGUGGGGGUUCAAACUGGGUGAAGAUGGAUGUGAGAUUGCUGAGUGUCGUGAGGAGCCGAAGUCCGAAUGGCUAACAUGUAAGGACAAUAACCAGGAUGUGUGCAAGGACAAGUAUAACAAGAAAGUCAAGAACAACAGAAAAUGCCAGCGCUGGUUCAGCAACAGUCAUCGCAAUAUGAAGUGUGCGUCCCACUUUUGUUGCAAGGAGUAGACAUAAUCUUCCCAAAUCAAUCUUUUCCGUCGAAGCUGGUUAUCUAGUGUGUCAACAAAAUAAUCUCUAUUGCGUUAAGUUUAUCAAUUGUAGUUGAACGCAUUGCGCUGACAAACACCAAGAAUACUGAAUCCUUUAUUCUCCCGCGCUUCUGCUUCAUUUAUUGAAGUUAAUAAAAC